AUGACGUCUUCUCUGUCGCGUUCUUCCAUGGCGGUGAACGCUGAGAAUUUGGGUGUCGACCCUGGCAGCGCUGCUGCGUCCUCUCAUCCCCUGGUCUCUCUCGUAUCUGCUUGCUUCUGGGUUAUUUUAUGGGCUCUCUCGUGGGCCAAAAGCCUCAUCGCAUUUGCAACUAUAACUAUCCCUCGCUACAUAUAUGCCAUACUCUCGUAUUCCAUGACCCUCACCCUGAAUUUCUGGUCAUUUGCCGCGCUCUUCCUCAUCUCGGCUGUUGCUCUCAACUACUGGAUACGAUUCCGCUACUUGAACGACUAUACCCAGUUGAAAGAACCCCCACUUGUCAAACCUGACGCAAAUGAACUGCAUCCCGACGUCAAUACUUCUGACACUCCUCCAAACUUCCACAACUAUCUCGAUGAUUUUCUUCAAGCUGUCCGUGUUUUUGGUUUUCUCGAAAAGCCUGUGUUCCAUGAACUUGCUCGCCACCUUCAAACGCGGAGACUGAUCGCGGGAGACAAUGGCAUGGUCCAGGUGUUUGCUCACACUGGGAGGGAUACGGAGGAUAAUAUUGGCAGUUGGGAAGACGAAGACAUGAAUGGCUAUCAACUCUUGAAUGAGGUUGGCAGCGGAGGGACGUUGUCAAGUCUGUUCACCAUCUUGUCUCUGUUCACCGAGGACGUUAAAAUGAGCUGGCAAGACGACAGCGAACGAGAAGAUCCGGGAAUUUUCAUGCCUCCUCGGAAUCGAAAUAACUCGGAUGUGUCUCAUUUGGAGUUGAAAAGUCGGACGAGACGGUCAUCAACAUCAUCUACCACUUCAACAGUUCACCCUGAAUUCACACCGGUUCAACCUCAUCGAGCUGGUUCCAUGUCUCCGCUCUCAAUGGAUGGUGAAUCCGAAACGGCAUAUCAGUCUACCGGCCCAGCUCUACCACUUCCUUCGCAAAGAUCUGCAAAUGUUCAUCGUGGGGCUGUGGCCCGAGCAACGGAGGACACCACUUUGGCUGUGAUUCCUGCGGAAGCCUUUCGUCGGCUCACCAAGAAAUUCCCCAAAGCGGCAGGUCAUAUCGUUCAGGUCAUUGUCACUCGAUUCGCCAGAGUAACUUUCAAUGCCGCCCAUAAAUAUCUUGGUUUAACAUCUGAAAUCCUGCGGACGGAGCUGGCUAUGAACGAUAUCGCAUGUCAUCCUCUCCCGGCAUCAUUUUACGAAGGAGGCGGCCUUGAACAACUCAGACAUCGUUUUGAUGGAGCAAAACCCUCAGAAAGCGAUUCCGACUAUUUCGGCUUGAGUAACAGUUCCCUUGUUAGUUCGCCUAUGCCACUUCCUUCUUCCCUUUCUUCGAGCUCUGGAGACACUCUGGCCAGCGUCAAUCCUAGUAACAACAGCUCCAAAGUUAGGCUAGCGGACAGUCCACUCACGAGGCGGCCAACAUCUUCCCAGUCUGGUCCUUUCCGCAAUUUAGCGUCGCUUCGUACGGUUCAGGCCGGAGACCUGAUGACAUCUGCUACCCAACUCAACGACACUUAUCCCGCUUUCAAACGGACCUUCAGUAUCCUCAACACGCCUCGUAUAUCUCGUCAACCAGUACCUGUUCUGUCGGAAGCCAUACACACGCGGCGUUCGUCUAGUGCAUCUGUUGAGGACUUUGAUUUGAGGGACGAAGUCAUGUCGUGCAUUGCGAAAUCCAUAGGGUUGUUACAGCCACCGAUAAGCAGCACUGAAAGUGUCGAAGCUUCUCCUGCUUUUUUGCCUUUUGACGCGAGUGGCCGACGGUCCUCGGGAUCUGAGGUCUUUACCUCUUCCUUUGGCUCGCUUUCAUUGCUUGACAUUGGUGACGAUUCCUCCUCCAUAACGGGUUCGUCGACCAUCGCUUCUGGCGACGGAUAUAUGAGUGGUCUCGACAACGAAGUCGAAAUAUUGUACUUCGCAGCUGGCUCCACGCUCGCCAAAGCAGGAGAGAUCAACACUGGACUGUUCUAUGUCAUCGAGGGUUUCCUGGACAUUUUGCUGCCCGUCACCGAAACUAAUGUCCGCAAAUCUUCGCAAGAUGCUUCACCGUCGUUGGCAGACGCGGAACCGUGGAGGACUCCUGGAACCAAGAAGCAAUCCAGCAAGCAGAAACUCUUGUUUACCGUUAAACCUGGUGGAAUCGCAGGUUAUCUGGCGGCGACUUGUAAUACGGCAUCCUAUGUCGACAUUAAAGCCAAGACCGAUGUGUAUGUCGGUUUUUUGCCAUCGCACGCGCUCGAAAGGUUACUGGAGAAGCGUCCUAUCGUUCUUCUUACAUUGGCUAAACGCCUGAUUUCACUGCUAUCGCCUUUGUUGCUCCAAAUAGACGCUGCUCUCGAUUGGAUGCAGGUAAACGCGGGUCAGGUUUUAUGGAGACCAGGCGACGUUAGUGACAGCUUUUAUAUCGUCAUCAACGGGCGACUACGCGCCAUCACUGAAUCUGAUGCCGGUGAUGUCACUAUUGCUGGUGAGUAUGGACAAGGGGACACAGUUGGCGAGCUGGAUGUUAUCACGAGCUCGACAAGGCGAAAUACUGUCCAUGCUAUCCGCGACACAGAGUUGAUUCGUAUGCCUCAGACGUUGUUCAAUGCCAUCAGCGCCAGAAACCCGCAGACGACCGCACAACUUCUGCGCAUGAUCGCGUCGCGGGUUCGAGACGAGGUUGACUCUGCUUCAUCAGCAACAGCACAAUCGCGGAAUGCGUCAGAUAACAAUAAUCUCAAGACCGUCGCAAUCAUACCUGUGUCACGCCUGGUUCCAAUUGAUGCCUUUGCCCGAAAACUGCAAACAGCAUUAGAGGGCAUUGGUGCGACAACAUCUUAUCUCAAUCAAGCAUCAAUGUCAUCACAUCUUGGACGACAUGCUUUCACUCGUAUGGGGAAACUCAAGGCUGCUGGCUGGCUCGCUGACCAAGAACAGAAGUUUCGAACUGUGUUGUACGUUGCAGACUCGCCAGUCAACAGUGCAUGGACACAAACAUGCAUUCGUCAGGCUGACUGUGUUAUGGUCGUUGGAAUGGGCGACGACCCGUCCAUUGGGGAGUAUGAGCGAUUGCUGCUAUCUAUGAAGACGACUGCGCGAAAGGAAUUGGUACUUUUGCAUCCUGACCGUACUGUGGUGCCAGGAUCCACUCGUGAGUGGUUGAAACUGCGUCCAUGGGUUCAUCAACACCUCCACUUGGAGCUUCCUGGUCUUGUCUUACCGAUUUCCAAAACUCCUGCGCCGCCAAAAGACCCAGACGCUGUCACCACUCUGAAAAAUCUCAAAGACAAGGUUCAGAGCGAGAUUCAGAAACUUAGGAAAACUGGGAACGAUCCGCGACCACAGCGACUGCCACAUAUGAAUGAUUUUGCUCGACUUGCUCGGAGGAUAUGUGGGCGAUCAAUCGGACUCGUCCUCGGUGGAGGUGGGGCACGGGGUAUUUCGCAUCUUGGUCUUAUCCGGGCACUCGAGGAGUACGGAAUUCCUAUUGACCACAUCGGCGGUACCAGUAUUGGCGCGUUGAUCGGCGGACUUUAUGCUCGCGAAGGCGAUAUUCUAUCCUCCUCCGGUCGAGCGAAGCAGUUUAGCAGUCGCAUGGGCAAUAUCUGGCGAAUCCUCUCCGACGUGACUUACCCGAUUGUUGCUUACACAACGGGACACGAAUUCAACCGAGGAAUAUAUAAAGCAUUCUACGAUCUACACAUUGAAGACAUGUGGCUGCCUUUCUUUUGCAACACGACCAAUAUCCUCACAUCUCGGAUGGACAUCCAUGAGAAUGGUUAUGCCUGGCGAUUCAUUCGUGCAUCAAUGACUUUGGUCGGCCUGCUACCUCCACUGUGCCAUGAGGGUGAAAUGCUCGUUGACGGUGGAUACGUGGAUAAUUUACCUGUCUCGACAAUGUUUUCGAUGGGGGCAAGCUCCGUGUUCGCUUGCGAUGUCGGUGCUGUGGACGACAAUACCCCCAGAAACUUUGGCGACUCUGUUUCGGGCUGGUGGCUUCUUAUCAAUCGUUGGAAUCCAUUUUCGAAUGCUCGAUUGGUACCCCCAAUUACUGAAAUUCAAGGCCGUCUCGCAUACGUGUCGAGCGUAAAGAAACUUGAAGACGCAAAAGUGGCCCGGGGGUGCAUGUAUAUUGCGAUGCCUGUCCAAGAAUAUGGGACACUGCAGUUUAGCCGCUUCGAAGAGAUCCAGAAGAAGGGGUACGAAGCGGCAUUGACGAUCCUCGAGAAAUUGGAUGAGGAAGGCCAGCUCCCUUCAGCACUGAUCGAUGGGAGACAAAAGGGACCGGAGCUUAGGAAAGGGCGGGACUGUAAGCACAGCCACUCGUUGCCUUUUUGGGACAAACCGCCAAUUGCGUCGAUGUCCUCCGAGCUUCGAUAUACGGCAAAUACACAGCUUGAGCAUCUGCAUGCCAGGUACACAGGAACGGGGCAUGCGGACUUGUCCAAGUACGACUGGGUGACCCACCAGCAUAGAGACACGCUCUCGUCCAUCGUCGGGCACUCGACGUUGACGUCUUUUCUUGCCAUUGCGGACGGAGAGUCGUUGGGGCGGGUCAAGUUUGAGAUGACGGAAAAAAUGCUCCAGCCGACUGGCCCACCACCGAAGAAGGACGACGACUGA